AUGGUAGCUGCGUCAAUCGGGCAGGCAUUGGUGGACAAAGGUCAUACGGUCUCCGUGAUUGUUGAAGAAGACAUCGUGGAGAAACGACGAGCAGAGAGGCCUGACUUUACGUUUGAGACAUUUCAAGACGAUGGAUUCGGAUCACGCCUUCGGCAAUUCCAAGAUGACGUCUUUCGGAUGGCAGAACCAUUGUUCAACUACGAUGAGCUAAGACAAAGCAGAAAGGUGUCUGACUGGGCAAGGAAACACUGCGAGUAUCUAUUGGGACAAGGUGGGCAGGAUAGUGACCUGUUGGCGCGAUUGAAGACGGCACAAUACAAUGUUGUCAUUUCUGACUAUUAUUUAAGAUGUGGCAGUAUAGUGGCAGCAUACCUAGAGAUCCCUCACAUCGCCAACAGUCCCGACGGUGGUAGGUUUUUCGACGAAAUAGUUACUGGUGUACCGCUACCUUUGGCAUACGUUCCGUCAGUCGAAUCAGGAUUUACCGAUCAAAUGACAUUUUUGCAAAGAGUGGAGAAUGCUUGCCGUUCCAGUGUUUCGAUCAUGCGUAGAAGCUGGCUUUUCUCUAACGUAUAUAACGAUCUGGUCCAUAAGUAUGUGAGUGAGAAAGACACUAUCCAUAGUCUGACGUCACGCACGGACCUGUGGCUGUACCAGACGGACACGGUGCUGGGUUUCCCCCGUCCCUCCAUGCCCAACAUGGUCCAGGUUGGUGGGCUGAUGGCAGGCCGUCCCGUCGGUCCUCUCUCGGAGGACAUGGAGGAUUUUAUGCAGUCAUCAGGAUACGACGGAGUGAUCGUUGUCAGCUUCGGGUCAAUGGUCCAUACGAUGUCGACGGAAAGGAAAGAAAUGUUCGCGGCAGUCUUCGCGCGGCUCCGACAGAAGGUGGUGUGGCGGUACGCGGGAGAGAAGCCGGCCGGUCUGGGUAACAACACCAAGCUGAUGUCCUGGCUGCCUCAGAAUGACUUACUGGCUCACUCCAAGACCCGGGCAUUCGUCAAUCAUGCUGGGUUAAACGGGGUGUAUGAGGCCCUGUACCACGGCGUGCCCAUGGUUUGUUUCCCGUUGUUCGGGGACAAUCCUGGCAACGCCGCCCGGGUGGUGGCCAGGGGACUGGGGGUGAGUUUGGACUUCAGGACGGUCACCUCGGAUCAGUUGUACCAGGCUCUUCUUCAUGUUCUCACCAACAACAGCUAUCGUGAGACGGCAGCCCGCCUGUCACGUCUGCACCGUGACCAGCCCCAGUCACCCAUGGAGCGGGCCGUCUGGUGGAUAGAACACGUCAUCAAACAUGGCGGACUGCCCCAUCUCCGCGCACGCACCGUGGAGCUGCCGUGGUACCAGUACUACCAACUGGACGUGGCUGCGUUCCUGUUGGGCAUCUGUUCAGCUGUUCUGGGGACCCUGUGGUACAGCUGUUCAUUUGUCUGUAGAAAGGUUUGCUGUAAAAGAGGCGGCAAACUCAAGUCACAAUAAAAAUUACAUAUUUUUCAGCCUUUUGACAUUAAAGAAUAUGGAUAUCAAUUGAGUGAAAACAUUUACAUUGUGUUAUCGU